AUGUCGAAAUCCACUAGAGACCCGAGGUCACGUAUCCUGAUCACCGACACGCCCGAAGAGAUCAACGUCAAGAUCAUGAGUGCAUUGACAGACUCCUCUAAUCAUGUUUCCUAUGAUCCGACUAACCGGCCGGGGGUAUCAAACCUGUUGGAGAUCCUCUCUAUUUUUGAUGUUCAUGCCAGGAACCCAGCUCAACUCGCCGAUUCGUUUUCUCAUGCCUCCCUCAGAGAUCUCAAACAAGCCGUCUCAAAGGCUGUCGUCGAGGGGCUUGGCGGAAUCCGUGAGCGCUACAUGGAGCUUCUGUCUGUUGACGAGGGACGAUAUCUCGAUGCCGUCGAAGCAAAGGGCGCCAGCAAGGCCCGCCUUAAUGCCAACGAAACCAUGGCCCUACUCGGCGAGGCGCCUCUUAACCUGUCGUGGCGCUAA